UCCUAUACUUUUCCUGGGAACCUGGUCUAGGCUGGAUGUGGGCAGUGCCCCAGGCAGGACUGAGGUCUCCUCCAUCCCCCAGGUGGUGGCUAUAGUGAUGGAUGUAUUCACUGAUAUGGAGCUCCUGUGUGAUCUCAUGGAGGCCUCGAGCAGGCGUGGUGUCCCUGUCUACCUCCUCCUAGCCCAGGAGCACCUGAAGCACUUCCUGGAGAUGUGCUACAAGAUGGGCCUCAAUGGGGGCCACCUGCCGAACAUGCGUGUGAGGAGCACAUGUGGGGACACAUACUGCAGCAAGGCAGGCCGCCGCUUCACUGGACAGGCUCUGGAGAAAUUCAUCAUUGUUGACUGUGAGCAGGUGGUGGCAGGCAGCUACAGUUUCACCUGGCUUUGUAGUCAGGCCCACACCAGCAUGGUGCUGCAGCUGAGGGGCUACAUCGUGGAAGACUUUGACCGGGAGUUUCGCUGUCUGUAUGCUGAGUCACAGCCCGUGGAAGGCUUCUGUGGUAGUGAGGAUCCAUUGUCUCCCAGGGCACCACAUCUUGCCCCAGUGGACUUGACAUUGGGGCCUGGCAUCCCAGACCCCAUGUGUUCUUCACCCUCCAGUACCAGCCUCAGCAGCAUCAAGCGCUCACCUGUCAUGGGUCGUUCCUCCUACCUCACGCUACCAGGAGACAGUGGUUGCAGUGACAAGGGUAUGGAGUCUUCAUCCUCACGCCCUUCUUGCCGUGAAGCUGGUGGCCAGCCUUCCCUGCAUCGCCAGCUGUCAGACCCUAACCGUGGCUCCCCUCCUGGGCCUUACCGGGCCAACCUGGGCAAGCUGGGAGCAUCCCCAUGGUCCCAGUCCUCCCCUGCCCUCAACUGCAGUAGUGCCAAUCCUUCGACCCUGGCAGUGGGGUCAUCUCUACUCCCCUGCCCUCGCCCCCUCUUCCACUUCUCCCGGGGGAUCCCAGCUCUGUCCCGGCUCCCAGAGAAUGGGCUCUUGGGAAGCCAGGAACCCAGCCCCUCACGAGGUCGCUGGGCACCUGGCAUAUCCCUGGAGAUAGUGGAUGAGAAGAAGGCAUCCCUGAGUCAGAGCCAUGGUCAGUUGGACCUCCUUGUCCCCUUCCCUAGAGCCCAAGAAGUAGGAGGCCCUGACUCUGGGGUUACCCCUAACUCAGGUUCUCUUCGGCCUAGUGAGCAGGCCCCAGACAGUAGGCGGUUGUCCUUGAGCCAGAGCUACAGCCAGCUGGAUCUCCUGUCCCGGGGCCAGGGUGCUGGGGGUACCCCUGAGUCAGCUUCCCUUAGACCUGCUGAUUUGGGCCCAGAGGAUAGGAAGCUGCCCCCAAACCACAGUCAUGGCCAAUUGGACAUCCUGGCACAGUACUCCAAGGCCCAGGGCUCCAAAAUGCCCUCCAAAGCCAAUUCCUCAGCCAGGCCUGGAAAACAGAGUUUACAUGGGCGAUGGCAGGCCCUGGGCCACAGUCAGCUGGACCUCAUCACCAAGUUUGGCCCAUUCCGGAAUGAAGGGCCUGGGCCCAAUGUUCUCCCAGGACCAAGUCCUGCUCACAUGGGUGAAGUGAGUUCUGGGGAUGAGAAGCGGCUCAUUCUGCACCACAGCAAGUUGGACCUCCUUACCAAGUAUCAUCAGCUGCAGGGUCUCAGGCCGGGACCUGAACCUGGCCUCCCCUGUGGCCAUCACAAUGGUAGUAACAAUGACCUGUUUGCACCUGAGAAACGGCUGACUCUGGGCCACAGCAAAUUGGACCUUAUCACUAAGAACAAUAAGUCCAAGUUCAAGCUGCUCCGAAGUCGCUUUGAGUCCUAGUCCUGCUCCUGUCAGGGACAGAUCCUUCUUCCAUUCACUGAGACUUGAUUUGCUCAGGUCCCACAUCUUGGGGUGGGAGUGUGAAGCUGGAACAGUGUAUGGAGGGGAAGUCAUCUAGAAGCCCAGAUCAGAUACUCCCUGGUCU